GCAGGUAUAAGGACUCCAGACUAAUCAGAACAUCACACACUAACAGAACUACAGAAGAACACUAGGAAACUGCGAUACAACAUGAACCUUAUCCUUCUGCUGGUUGCUUUGGGACUGACAGGAGCGUCUCCCCUAGGGGACUCCAAGGUGUGCCAGCCUCACUCCAGACCCUGGCAGGUCAAACUGCAUGGCGGAGGAGUGUCCUGCAGUGGAGCUCUUAUUGACAAAUUAUGGAUAGUAACUUCCUUUGACUGUGCACCCACAUCCUACAGCACCAUUGCAUCUCUUGGGGAACAUGACGUUACCGUGGAUGAGGGCACCGAGCAGCACAUCUACGUUGCUGACGUCAUCCGUCAUAGUCCCUACCGCUCGCCCCUCCACAGCCUCACGAUGGUCCGUCUGGCCGAACCCGCCCGCUUCACCCAGCACGCCCAGCCCAUCCCUCUGCCCAGCCGCUGUCCACAGCCUGGAGAGACCUGCCAUGUCAGCGGCUGGGGAUCCACCAUCCCAAAUCAAUAUGAGCCUUCUCAACGCUUGAAGUGUAUAACUGUGCCUGUUGUGGAUGACCAGACUUGCAUGAACACGUUCCCUGAGUUCCUGUUCUGGAGCAUGGGCAUGGUCUGCGCUGGACAAGCAAACACAGAUAACUGCAUGCAUGAUGGUGGCAGUGUGAUGGUGUGUGAUGGCCAGCUGCAGGGUGUGCAGUGGUUCAGUCACGGCUGCAGUAACCCAGCUGACCCCAGCGUCUACACCAAGCUGUGCAUGUACAAUGACUGGAUCCACGAUGUGAUGGAUCGCUACACGCCCCCUCUGCCAACUGAAACCACUCCAGUGAUGACAUGAGGCAUCCAGAGAAACAUGUGUUC